AACAACAGUUCGUAACAAAAUUUACAAACAGGUUCGCAAAUUUAAAUAAUAUACAGCAAUGCCACCUAAUAGUGAGUAUUUGGCCAUUGCUACAAAACGAUCAGAAGAAAAGAAGACGCACGUUAGUUUCCCUCAGUUGGUGUAUCCUUCGCUCAGAGAUGAUGGCCUUAGAGAUCCUGUGCAAUGGUUAACUGGAAAAGCUAUGGAUGAUGGUGCAGAGGGUAUAUGGAGGGUACACGAUGGAUUGUAUGAUCUUGAUCCUUUUCUUCAAAUACAUCCAGGAGGUGCGGAAUGGCUAGAAUUGACCAAAGGAACAGACAUAACAGAAGCCUUCGAAUCUCACCAUCUGAAUCCAGCUGUCAAGAAAGUGCUGGAAAAAUAUUACGUUAAAGAAGCAAAAACACCAAGAAAUUCUCCGUUUACAUUCAAAGACGAUGGAUUUUUCCGUUCACUGAAACGAGCUGUUUGGGCGGAACUUCAAAAGACGCCUAAGCAUAUCCACAAAAGAACUGAUAGGAUUAUCGAUGGAUUGUUUGUCGCAUUUCUUAUAUCUUGUGCAAUUUCAUGUAUAUCCAAGACUUAUUGGGUGGUCAUGACGUCUUAUUUAUCUGCAUCUCUAUGUUUAGCUUGGCUAACGGUUGCAGCUCAUAAUUAUAUUCAUAAAAAGACAAAUUGGAGAAUGUAUUUGUUUAACUUCAGCUUAUGGUCUUACAGAGACUUUAGGGUUUCACAUGCGCUUUCUCAUCACCUUUAUCCAAACACACUUAUGGAUUUGGAAAUCAGUGGAUUCGAGCCUUUCGUUUUCUGGUUGCCAUUAAAGAAUCGAUUUUAUGGCAAAUUUGCCAUUUUCAUCGAACUAGCAACAUUCGGACUUAUUUUCCCGGUUAAUUUCUUUAAAAGGUUAAUCUUGAACUUUAUGCGUAAAGACUUCUUCUUGGAGCAUUAUCGCUGGCACGAUGUCGUCGGUUUCCUAACACCGAUCUGGAUGUGGGCUAUAAGUGGGUGUAGUUUUUACGAUGCAUUUAUAAUGUGGCUGUGGAUUAUUUACACUGCUAGUUUCAUAUUCUUCAACAUUGGAUCUAACGCUGCCCACCAUCAUCCUAUUUGCUUUAGAGAUGGCGAUGAAGUCGAUGAAGUGACGCGUGACUGGGGUCUUCACGAAGUGGAGGCGGUCAUGGACCGUCGAGACAUCAACACCAGUUUCUUCACAGUGAUGACUUUCUUCGGGCAUCACACACUGCACCAUCUAUUCCCCACUUUAGAUCAUGCAGUCUUAGAAUACAUGUAUCCCGUAUUUCUCGAACAUUGUGAGAAGUAUCGUGCUAAAUUCCGUGUAACCACGCAAUUUGAUAUGGUUGUACAACAAAUUAAAUUAACAGCAAUGAAAACACCUAAUCUUUUAGAAAAGAGCAACUAAAUGCGAAAUAAAUGCUUUAUUACCGCCUAAAUGAGUCGCAGAGAAAAUAUACUACUUUUGUAUCUCAAGAAGAAUAUAAUUUAAAAUAUAAUUUUACACUUCAAAACAGUUGUUUAUUAUAAGGAGAUAUUUUUAUUGAUAAUAAAAAAAUGUCCAAAAU